AAUUAUUAUUCUAAGUCAACAGCAAGAACUCGAUUAGCAAAUUUCGCGCCAAAACAUCUACGUGACAGAAACGAUACAAACAAGCAAGGCGUCAACAAAGCUAUGACUGCAGCGCGUGCGGUCGCCAUGACAACUACAGUUUCGCUCGUUGGCGUCUGAACAUCAGACGCAUUUAGAGUCAACAUGCAGCUGCUGUUUACUACAGUAUUUUGAGAGGAAAAACUCGCACCGGCCAAAUACAUUCAGAAAUGCAGAAGAAUUUGCAUCUAGACGACAUUAUUUCCAAGAUACCAUCCCUUGACUCUGACUUGCCAUCAUCAGACAAUGAAGGAGGGAUAUCUGUCCUUCAGCAACCAAAAGGAAGCAGCAUGAACCUGGAGUGUCUAAAAGUUAAGCCACUCACUUCCUGGACUGAUGAUGACCGAAAAGGUGACUCUAAUCCUCAGCUUCCUCCGGAUCACAAAACAGAAGAAAAAGUGCUGUGUAGAACAGAUUGCAAUGUACCUUUGCAACUAAAAGCCAACAAGACUGAUUGGAUAGAGGCCCAGCCCUGUCCUGUUUUUUCACUGACACCUCUUGAUGCCUGGGAUCUUGACAAAGUCCUUCAUACUCUACGGCAACAAAAACCUCUUGUCAAGCCAAUUAAAUGUGACACAUGCGAAGGCAAUGACAGUAAAAUGAAUGAAAAUGAUUUAAUGCAGCAGCUGGUUGCUUUUUGUGAGAAAAAAGUAGAUGAAAUGGAAAUAAAGACAAAUGUUUCUUCUACAAAAACCCAUAAUAUACCAGAAUCAUCCCUCAGCAGAUGUAUUAGGAGACAAAUAAAUGAGACAGACUUUAAAGAGACUUCUGCACAAUUACAGCACAAGCAAGACUCUCCUACCAUAUAUAUUGAUUUGCGCAACAAUAUAUUUCAAACAAAACCAUCCGUCAUUAGCCAGAGUAACAGUGUCAUAAAUUCUGCAAACCUGGACAAGAAAAUUAGCUCCACUAACAAGACUUCUAAGACAAAUGCAAAAGCAAAUGGACAGAAAAGAGAAUUGUCUGGGAAGAGUUUAUUACUCCACAACAUAAGGCGGUCAAAAAAAAGUAUGUUAGAGAUGAGCUGGAGAAAUCCACAAGAUUUUGCUGAGGAUAAGCAGAAAAACUCUUCAGGGAAAUGUACAAAGAAAAACCUUCAUAAUUCUGAAACUAGCUGCAGUGAACCUGGUAUUCAGCAGGUCAAUGUCUGCUGUUCUACUGUGAAAUAUUACCAGCAUAAACAGAGUACUCCAUCUUCUCGCAUUCCAGCUGCAAAAAAAAAGCAAAGAGAACAACACAGUUGUAAAAUCAGAUGGCAGAAGGAUCUGAAGCUCUUGCAAGCACUCAGACCUCAAUAUUCUGCUAAUAACUUGGAGGAAGCUGCUGAGAGGACUGAUGUUCUUUAUGAGCCUGAAGCAUCCUACCUUCCUUCGGUGAACACUUUACCUCCAGAUCUACAGAUGAAGGAGUGUUUGCUGCUCACUGUGCCUUUAUCCAGUCCUGGGGUGGUGGCUGGAAUAAGACAGAGAAAAACGCAGACAGCGGAUUUAGUCUCGAUCAAAUCGCAUGUUUACAAUGCACUCAUAGCGUGGUUCAUGUCUUUGACUGAUCCCAAAACCUGUGGGAGAAACAGCAACAAGCUUGGUGCUCCUUUCUGGGUGGCUGGGCUGCAGCAGUUUUAUAAAGAAGAUGGCUUGGCCUUGUACAUCUGUGCCAUGCCUUAUAAGGAUAGUCAGACUGGCUGUAGAAAUUCUAGGAUGAGGAAGGUGGAUAGCUAUGAGAGCAUGUUUUACAGACGAGUUUGCAAAUUCUUUGCACAGACGUCACUGAAGACCGUUGCAUUCUGGGUACCUCAGCUUAAUCAUUUGCUGGAGGAACAGGCUUAUCCUACCCAUGUUCACUUGACCUCAUCCUGCCUGGAUUGCUUCAUCUCUGUCAACCCAAAUCAAGAGGCUGUUGAAAAGGUCUUUAGUGUGAUCCCAGGAUUUUACUGGCAAACUCUUGAAACAGAAGACCAAAAAUGUCAAAGCACAGAAGCGACAAUUUCUCAGUGUCAUGCUGAGACGGCAUUUGUCCUGAUAGGCAGGGCACUUUUUCUUAACCCACUGGCAAUGCAUCACACACUUGAGCUUAUGUGGAGAUCAAGUCUAGAUGUAUGUGGUAUCCGCUUCCUCUAUCCACCCCAAGAGCUGCUGACAAACUUUGCAGUCAUCAAGUCAGUUAUGCAUGAAGGGGAGUGUUCUCAUCAGCCAGUGCUCAUCAUGGCUUUCCGGGGUCCUCACGCUAACUCAGUGUGGCAGGAGAUCACAGGGCCAUCAGACCCCCAGCUGGCAAGGCGGACAGAUCCAGCAUCCAUCAACGCCCUGUACCAUCACAGUCAAGACCAGCCCCUGCUCUACUCACCCCGUCUUGCCAGUCUUGUGCAUCUGGGGCUCUGCUUGUGGUUUGGUGGCAGAAUAGCUGAAAACUUCCUGUCAACGAUCCAGGACUCUGGUGACAGAGUCGUCAGUUGUUCCCAUCUUCUGAACUCUUCUCCAGCAAGUUUGUGUACCACAGUGAAAGCGGAUCUAUUUCUCCUUGUGUCUCCUGUGGUUGGACCACACUGUUACAGUUAUAUACUAUCUGGAUGUGCAAAAACAGGUUUCAGUCUGUUGGGACUUCAAAGAGUGCGGAUCUCCAGGAAACAAUCUCGAUCUCUGGGAUUUACCGCAAAGCAGGUAGCAGUGUUCUGUCAUGCUCCUACAGUGUUUCUGGCUGGAGAACAGGUUGAGCUGUCCUCUCAUUGCCUUGUGCUGCUCAUGAGAAGAGAAAGUGCAGUUAAACACAGCUCUAGACUGCCUAUAGGUCUAAUGAAUGAGCUUGCUACACAAGGCCUUAUUGGAUCAGUCCGUUCAAGAUUCACAGAUGUUCUGGAUCCAGAUGUCUGCUUUCACAUUGUACCCUACUCUAAAAAACAUCAUAAUAUUCUGGGUGGGCUCAUGUGGACAGUGCCAAAUUGUAGCCACAUGGUCUUGUCCAAACACACAUAUCCCUCUUGUCCAGAUGCAGAGCAGGUGGUGGUUCUUACACUGACUGGCCAGAACAUUGUGGAGAAAGAAAUGGACUUUCUUCACAGGGUUCUGAGGGGAGAUGCUGCAGGACAAGAGGGAUUUGAGCUUCUGGCACUAAAGUGGGAAAUCAAGCUGACUCAGCAGCAGGCACAAGAGUUGAGUCCGUUUGAGAUUGGAGAAAAAGAGUGGCAGAAGAGCGUGCAGAGCUUGACAUCCACUCCAGCCCUGGUCAUGGCUCUGAGGAGGGUGAGGGCAUUCAUUACCCUACGUAGACUUUUACCACAAAAUUACCUGGGAAACCUCCAUAUAUUGAUGUCCUCCACACCUGAGACAGCUUUCAGACAGACCUGCCUCUUCUUCUCUGAGGCAGAAUUGGUCCCUGAUCACACUAGUCGUCCAUUAUUGAAAUUCUUACCACCUCAUCACACUGACACUCUUGGUCUCAGAAGUCAGUCUCUUUACAGUUACAUGACAGUGGGCCCAGAGCCACUUUUGACCCUAGCUCUGUUCAAGCCUGGAGCCUGGAGACACCGCUUUGGAAAAAUUCUCACCGUAAUCAAACAGAACGGAUAUACUCUAGUGGGCUUACAUGUGUUACUGCUGGACUCGAGCAUGGCAAAUGCACUGAUACAUCCACAAGAGCAACAGGAUCCCAUUGAGGAGCAGGAGUUAAGGUACUUGAGCUCGGGCCCCUCGCUGGCUUUGGUUUUACUGAGAGUGAAUGCAGUAAAGAGUCUGUUGGAGCUGAUAGGCCCUGAAGAUCCUGAUGAAGCCCGUACCAUAGAUCAGACACUAUUGAGGGCCCAGUAUGGCUCUGACAGGCUGCAUAAUGGCAUCUAUGCAUCCCCAUCUUAUCGAAAGGCUAUAGAAGACAUAAAACUGGUAUUUCCAGAUGGCGUAUGCUGCAGUGAAACUUCAGUUAUGAGACACGAGAAGAUACCCUGCUUGCAUUCCGAUCCUGAAGCUAGUUCUGAGCGGGAACAGCUGAACAUCUCUUCAGGAUUCGGUCAAGGGCCUUUGGUCAGAAGUGCUCUUUGUCAGACCACCUGCCUGCUGAUACCUUCCAAGCUCCUGCAGCACAAUCAGCCUCCUCUGUACUCAGAGCUACUGCAGCAGUUGCUUAGGACAGGCUGCCACCUGGUGGCUGGAAGGCUCUGCACACCAGAUGAGAAACAACGGCGGCACAUAUCCCAGUUGCUGAGGCCCUCUGCUGGUGAAGCACGUCUGUGUGAGGGCCCCUGCCUCAUCAUUGCUUUGCAAGCAGACAAUGCCGUCACGUGUUUCAAUAUCAUUCUUGAGAGCAUGUGCAGGGAGAGACCAGACCUAAAGAGAGUUACAAUUAAACUUCUUUACCCAAACUCUGAAAGAAAGGCAGUGAAAUUGCUGUGUUACCUGUUUGAGGCUCUCUGUCCUUGACCGGGCAUCACGACAUAGCACCACCACAACCAGGAGUUAUUCUGUAAUAGGUACCUAGCGCUAAAUAUUUAGCCAUCUAUAUUUUCACAUGAAUGCGAUUAGACCUACUGGGAUGUUUUUACACUGAAAUGAAAGGUCGUCUUAAUGUCACUACUGUCCAAAAAAACACUAGGAAGCAUAUUAACUGAAGAGCAGACAUAUUGUAUUCCUUAUAAUGAAUCCAAAAAGACAAACUGUUCUUUGUCCACUCUGUAACUGAUGGUUCAUACGUAGGGAAUGGAAGGAAAGAAGAAGACAAAACACCGGAGGCGGGUUAAAGAUCAAAAAUUAUUUAAUUCCCAAGAUGACAAAAAUAAUUCCAUGAAUUCUGUAAACCAUUGCAUAACUGCUGUAGUGUAGACAAGUGUUAACAAUUUUAAAUGAUACACUACAAGAGAAAGAUUAUGCAUUAUAAAUAAUACCAUCUUAAGUAAUUCUAGUGAUGAAAAACCUCUCUGGCCAUCAAAACGUACAACUAUUCCAUAAAGAAGCCUCCAUAACUUAAACACAGAACUCCCAGUAAAAUGGUUUAAGGUCUUGUGUUGACAACAACACAUACACAAAGUAUUAUAUUGACAGCAAAUUGUAUAGUAUUUCAACACUAAUUAGAAUAUAAGCUGUUCUAUAUAUUGAUGCAUACUGUACCAAAAUAAGGGAUAUGUUUCUUCCUUGCAAUAUAAAUGAUUUCCUCAUUUUGACUUUUGAGCUAAUAAAUCUGUGAGUUGCAGUUUCCUUUGAAAAUUGGACAUCUCUCUCUAUUCUACAGUUCUCCUGUAAAACCCUGAGAAAAAUACAUCUCAUUUUCCAUCAAAUUGUUACAUGGAUAAAUACACAAAACUUGAAAACUGCAAUUGUGUUUAACUUAGAAAUGUAUUCGUAAUGUAUCGCAAUUCACAAAACUAGUGCUACAUCAUUAUAGUUCAAUCGUUCUCUAUGUUAUUCCAGUGACCCAUUUUAAAUCUAAUUUGAAUGGUACAUUCAAUAUUCAGGGAUUUAAUGUUCGAUUAACCGUAACAUUAAUUAUAGGGAACAGUGGUUCCAAAAAUUCUGUUUUUUUUUUUGUUUUGUUUUUGUUUUUGUUUUAUUAUUUUAGCAUCUUACAAAAGUGUACUAUUGUAAUAGGUAUUUUCCCCGCUGGCUAGUUUGCUAAAUUUAACCAGUUUCAUAUGUAAUACGUAUAUACAAGAUUGCAUAAAUCCUUAGGUUCAAUAAAUCACACUACUGAUAGAAAACAAAAUCAGAAAAACAAAACAAAACAAAACAAAUGAAUAAAAGAAAAAUCCACAAGAAUGCAAAAAAAAAAAAAAAGAGAAAGAGAAAGAAAUGAUUAUUUCCACGGCAGAGCAUUAUGGUAAAAUUUCCAAUACAUUAAUUUACACAUUGCUAAACAAAAGAGUCCUUGGUGCUUCUUUAAUUACAGAUGCCUGGUCUCACAUCAACAUUAAAUGGUCAUUUUUGUUAAAGAUUACAGUUGGCAUUAAAAUGGCUGAUGCAGACAGGGGGGCUUCUUGUGUGUAAAGAUCAUGCCGUGGUUCAGAUUUAUGUGACUGAAUAAUUACAAUCUGCCAUUUUGUACAGAAAACCAAUGUCAAACAAACCAUUAACACGGAAAUACAGUUGGAAGCCCAAACUGUAAAUGACUGGGCUUUUUAGCCAGUCAUAUCAUCAACGCUUCAACACACCCUUGGUAAAAAAUACAAUUGGAAAACUCUGUAACUGUUACGCUGACAGAAGACACUGUGCAUGCAUCAUCAUGCUGACUUUUCAACAUCAAUUAAUGUUUCUUUAUCAGAAUAACAAUCACUUAUUACUCAAACUUUUUUUUAAUUAUUAUUUCAAUACACUGGUCUGUAAAACAAUGUGUGACGGGCCUUUCAUGCAUUGAGAAAUACAGAUUAAAAUAUCUCAAGGCACUAAAAUUCGGCUCAUUUUCUAAAUUGGAAUUAUCCAUUUGUUCAAUCAAAAAUACUUUCAAUGUGUUAUUAUUAAAAAGGCACAAAUUUGUUCCAAAGAGACUUGAUACACAAGACUUAAUAUUAUGAAGCAUAAUGACCGAUUGUAAAUCAGGCAUUUAAGUGCAGGCCUAUUUUCUUUUUUAAUUCUCUUGUACAUAUUUUUUUUUCUUCUUCAUCACCAUAACAGACAAAUGUAACUAGGCCAAAAAGUGAUGUUUAAGGCUAGGAAAUGUAGUCGAACAGUUUUCAUAAAUGUGACCCACUGUCUGUCUCAGCCAUUUCAACUCGCAUGAACAAGGGACCCAUUUUACAUCACAACCAAAUAUGUUCUACACAGCCAUGGUAGACAACAUUUGACAAUACAAUAAUAGACUUCGAGGUUAAAAAAGAAAAAAAAAAGAAAAAGA